UCACACAAACGCUUCACCCUUUUUUCUCUCUUUUGCUCUUCGUUCUGUUCUCAUAAUAAUAAAACUCUUAGUUAAUAGAAAAAUUUUGCAGCUUCGGUGAGACUUAAUGGCUGGGAUUUGCUGUGGUGUUGUUGGAGAAGGUGAAACUCCGGCUCCAAUUGAGCCAAGUUCACGGCCUUCCCGGCGCCGGAGUUUGGACCUUCUUCCGUUGAAAUAUAUGGCCGACAUGGCAGUGCCAUCGUCGGACACUUCCCGGAAACGCCACAGACUGGAUCUCUGUCCUAAGGAUUGUGAAGAAUCCAGUGCCGCCGCCGCCGGCGGCGGCGGUGGCGUCGGCGGAUACGGGAAGAAGAAGGUGAAGGUAGACGAGGAGGAUCCGAAACGUUCGAAGGUUUCUUCUUCUUCCUCCUCAACGGUGGGGGAUUUGGAAGUUGAAGAGUGUCCCAAGUUUGGUGUUACUUCGGUUUGUGGUAGAAGAAGGGAUAUGGAAGAUUCGGUUUCUGUUCACCCUUCGUUUUCUCAAGAAAAGUUUAACUACUUCGGUGUUUUCGACGGUCACGGUUGCUCACAUGUUGCGACUAUGUGUAAGGAGAGGCUACACGAGAUUGUGAAGGAAGAGAUUCACGUGGCGCGUGAGAAUUUGGAGUGGAAAUCGACGAUGGAGCAUGCUUUUGCUCGAAUGGAUGAUGAGGUUCAGAGCUGGAGUCAGAGUAACCAGACCUCACCUUGUAGGUGUGAGCUUCAGACUCCUCACUGCGACGCCGUCGGAUCCACCGCCGUCGUCGCCGUCGUCACCCAGGACAAGCUCGUCGUCUCCAACUGCGGCGACUCACGCGCCGUCCUCUGUCGAAAAGGCGUCGCCAUCCCACUCUCCUCCGAUCACAAGCCCGACCGACCCGACGAAUUGCUCCGGGUUCAAGCCGCUGGAGGGCGCGUGAUAUAUUGGGAUGGGCCCAGAGUGCUUGGGGUGCUUGCUAUGUCAAGAGCCAUAGGUGACAAUUAUCUGAAGCCGUAUGUGAUUUCGGAACCGGAGGUGACGGUAACUGAGCGUAGCGACGAGGAUGAGUGUUUGAUUUUGGCGAGUGAUGGACUAUGGGACGUGGUGUCAAACGACACCGCAUGUGGGGUGGUGAGGAUGUGCCUCAAGGCCCAGAAGCUGCCGUCGCCGCCGCCUGGGUCUCCCGGGAGUGAUGUGGCGGCGGAUGGUUCGGACAGGGCUUGCUCCGAUGCGUCAAUUCUGUUGACCAAGUUGGCGUUGGCUAGGCAUAGUUCGGAUAAUGUGAGCGUGGUGGUGGUUGAUUUAAGGAGAGAUCAACAACAACAACAAUCAUCCAAUUCCAACGAUUGUUAAUUAAUUUAACAUGACGAGGAAUCAAACUAAUGAAUGAAUCAAUCGCCCUUUAACCUUGAUGAUGGACAUUGCCUACCCUCCAUUUUUUUUAGGACUUGAUUAAGGACAAGUGGGAAGAAAAUGGUGGGGGUUAUGGCUUUUGCUUAAUCAAUGUGAUUGUUGUAAUGCAAUGGGAAUCUAAGUAAUAGAGUUGAGUGGGGAAAAAAAAAAAAAAGUUGUAACUUUGGGAAAUGAACAAAUUAUAGGAAAAUUUUAGUGUAGGGGAAAUUUUGUGUCAACAAAGGUUUCAAUCAGCCAGUUGACGCACCUUUCUUUUGUCCAUAAUCGAAUCUUUAAAUUGUAUUUCGCUUUUUGGUUCA